AUGAUCAACAGCUACAGUGCUGUAAGUGCGGCUGCUGCUGCUGCUGGUGGCACACCAGUAACUCUGCAUUUCAACUAUAACAACAACAGCAGCAACAACAACAACAACAACAGUGGCCUUAAAAUGCUGCCAGCAUCAACAACAACAACAGCAAUCGAGCACAAAAGCCACAACAAUAAUCAUAUUAUCAACAGUGCUGUCCCAACAACAACAACAACAACUGCGAAACUGUUCAAAAUCACACAAAAUGAAGUUGUUGAGGGCAAGCAUUUCCUACAACAGCAACAGCAAAAGGUUGGCAAGGGGGGAGCUGUAGUCAAUUGGGUGGUGCCAGGGUUGCCAUCAUCAUCGUUAACAACGACUUGUAUAAAUACCUCAAAGAGCACCAAAGAGCCGCAGCACUUUAUCCAACUCAACGUCCAGUCAACCAACAACAAAAACAACCACAACAACAACAACAAAGAGCAACAGGUGCAAUCAGGAACAGGAACAACAACAACAGCAUUAACCAAAGGUGCCUUUAUUGAAGUGAUGAUGACAACAAAAACAACAGCGCCACAACGCACUGAGGACCAAGAAAAUGCCUUUCGCCGCAUCGAGGAUGUGCACAAUUAUGCCAAGCUCCAGCAUCAUCAUCAUCCACAUCCACGUUCACAUCAUCACCAACACCACAAUCAACAUCAUCAACAGGAGCAGGAGCAGCUCAUCAUGCGCCCCGAGCAUCAUGCUCGUCGCCCCAUGAACGCAUUUCUCAUAUUCUGCAAGCGUCAUCGCGCCAUCGUUAAGGAACGUUACAAGUCGCUUGAGAAUCGUGCUAUAACCAAGAUACUUGGCGACUGGUGGGCGGCACUAGACGAACAGGAGAAGCAGUGCUUCACCGAUCUAGCGCAACAGAACAAGGACGCUUUCUUCAAUGCCAAUCCCAAUUUUAAAUGGUACAAACUGCCAGCGCCGCCGUUGCGUACGCUUGCAACACGCCCCAGCAAUGCAACAGCAACAACAGCCGCACAUCAAAGCGACGAACAGUUGCAACAUCAACAGCAACAACAACAACAGCAGCAGCAACUGCAUUGGGAGCCCAAUGAGGUGGCGCAUGUGCUGCGUCGUGAUUAUUUUAAAUUCGCUGACGAGACGCAGAUGGGCGAGUUGAGUGUGUUGCUCAAUGUGCAGGAUAAAGAUUAUGCGCUGCAGCAGGCGCUGAGCGAAACGUCCCAGUUUCUUAACGUCCACAUGCCCACCAGCAACAAAAGCAACAACAACAACAACAAUAAUGUUAAACGUGGCGCUGACAGUGCGAGCAACUCCAGCGAGGAGGAGGAACGCGGCUCGCCAUGUAAAAAACUCAAAUCAUCGCGUUCGUGCAAAGGCAAAAUCUAUCAAGAGCUGAUCAAUUCGGGUCAAUUGGCGGCAAUAGCGAAGAGCAAGAGCAAGUGCCGCUUAAAUAGCGGCAGCAGCAGCAAUGGGAGUGGCAGCAACGAUGCCAAUAGCAGCAACACGCCUCCAAUAUCCCCAACAACAGCAGCAGCAGCAGCAACAGUUGCCAUCGAUUGUCAGCAACAACAGCAUGAUGUGACAACCACAAGCGCAAUUCGUGCAGCAGCAGCAGCAGCGAGAGGAUUGGGAGCUGGAGCCGGAGUUGGUGUCGAGUUUGAUCUGGAAGAGAAGAUCAAAGAGUUGCCAGCGCUAAGCUUGGAUGUUUAUCUGCAGCGCAAGCGCAGCACCAAAAAGAAGAAGAAAUUCAGCAGCAACAAAAAGCAACGCAACUCGCACAGCACCAGCUCAGCAACUGGAGCAGCAGCAACUGCCGCCGGAGCAACUCCAACUGCCGGCAAGCAAACGCGUAACAAAUCCGAGUCUGAGGUAAUGAUAUCGCCCACUGGCUCAUCAUCCUCAUCCUCAGCUGCCGCGGCUGCUGCUGUUGGCAGUCAGAAGCGCAAGGCGCGCAAGGAGAGCAUCACACGUCGCGAUGUCAGCGCCAUUGAGCAGGAGGUGGCCUCCAUUCUGCCGCUGACCAUCAAUGGUUGCUACUAUUUCAAUCAGGCCCAAUUGCUGCCGCCACGUCCAACAACAGUUGGAGCAGGAAAUGCAACUGGAAAUGUGAGUGCAACUGCAGCAACAACAGCUGUUGCUGCUGCUGCUGUUAACUUGGCAUACGAUGUGACAUCCACUACCUCAGAUCUUCUAAUACUGGCCGAAGUGGCCGCCAAUCGCACUGAGCUGACAAAGUCGAAUUAG